GUGGUCCCCCCCCCAAAAAAAAAGAGUUAAGAAAGCGUAACUAAAUUACAAUACUGCCAUCCUACAGCUUUCUUUACAGCCUUCAUCUUCCCUUUUGCCGGCCAAAUUGGAUUUCUCAUCACCGGAUCUAUCAAAGUGCCUUCAUGUCAGUUUAGUCCACAAUUUCACCUUUUGGAAUUGAAUCCAAAAUGCAGAGCUCAAAUGUGCAGCCAGAAGUUAUACUGGAAUGGCUGCAAAAGGAAAUGGGUUACCGUCCAUUGGGACCCUAUAAUUCUUCUUCCAACAAGUCGAAUUUACCUUCAAUCGAUUCGCUCCGCAAGAUUUGUAGAGGGAAUAUGUUACCCCCUUGGCAUUUCUUGUUAACUCGCGUUAAAUCCGAGAAAACCGUCCAAAAUAUCCGGAAGAACAUCACCGUGCACGGCGGAGGAGGGAAUAGUGAGAGUGGUGGAAAUUUGGGGAAAGAUGAGGGGAGAAGUAAAGGAGGAGGGGGGAGAAGGAAAGAGAAGGUGGCUGGUGCUGGUGGUAGUGGUGGAGGGGAGGGUUCAGGUGCGGCGGAGAUUAGGGAAGCAGCGAUAAAGGAACGGGAAUCCGCUGCCAAGGAAGUGGAGAGGUUGAGGCAUAUUGUGAGGAGACAAAGGAAAGAUUUGAAGGCUAGGAUGUUGGAAGUUUCUAGAGAGGAAGCUGAAAGGAAGAGGAUGCUUGACGAAAGGGCCAAUUACCGGCAUAAACAAGUGAUGUUGGAGGCUUAUGAUCAACAAUGCGAUGAGGCUGCAAAAAUAUUUGCUGAGUAUCACAAACGUCUUCAUCAAUAUGUAAAUCAAGCGAGGGAUGCUCAAAGGUCAAGUGUUGAUUCUUCUAUUGAAGUGGUCAGCAACUACGGUGGAAACAGCGAGAAGGAAGCUGUAUAUUCAACUGUUAAAGGAAAUAAGGCUGCAGAUGAUGUCAUUCUUAUUGAAACAACUCGGGAAAGAAAUAUUCGCAAGGCAUGUGAAACUCUUGCAGAACGCAUGAUUGAAAAAGUGCGAAAUUCUUUUCCAGCUUAUGAAGGAAAUGGGAUACAUCUGAGUCCUCAAUCAGAUGCUACCAAAUUAGGAUUUGAUUUUGAUGGGGAGAUACCUGAUGAAGUUAGAAUUAUUAUAGUAAAUUGCCUCGAAAACCCUCCUCAAUUACUUCAGGCAAUUACCACAUACACUUCAAGGCUUAAAACCCUGAUUUCUAGAGAAAUAGAGAAGGUUGAUGUUAGAGCUGAUGCUGAAACCUUAAGGUACAAAUAUGAGAACAACAGAGUUAUGGAUGUUUCAUCUCAAAAUGUGAGCUCACCCUUAAACUAUCAACUUCAUGGUAAUGGGAAGAUAGGAAUGGAUGAUCAACUUCUUGAAAGACAGAAAGCACAUGUUCAACAAUUUUUAGCUACUGAAGAUGCUCUCAACAAAGCUGCAGAAGCUAGGGACUUGUGUCAAACGCUUAUAAAACGUCUACAAGGAGGUAGUUCUUUAGUUCCUUCACGCACUCUUGUUGGAGCUGUUACACAGAAUGUUGGCAGUCUUAGACAAUUUGAGUUGGAAGUUUGGGCCAAGGAGAGAGAGGCCGCUGGGUUAAAGGCAAGCUUAAAUACAUUAAUGUCUGAAAUACAGAGGUUGGAUAAAUUGUGUGCAGAGAGGAAAGAAGCUGAAGAUUCAUUAAGAAAGAAGUGGAAGAAGAUUGAAGAGUUUGACUCUCGUAGAUCUGAACUUGAAAGCAUAUAUACUGCUCUUUUGAAGGCUAAUAUGGAUGCAGCUGCAUUCUGGAACCAACAGCCAUUAUCUGCGAGGGAGUAUGCUUCCGGCACCAUUAUUCCAGUUUGCAAUGUUGUUGCAGACAUUUCAAAUAGUGCAAAAGAGUAUAUUGUUAAAGAAGUUUCUGCAUUUUAUAGAAGUCCUGAUAAUAGCCUCUACAUGCUUCCAUCAACCCCACAGGCUCUUCUAGAGUCCGUGGGUGCUAAUGGAUCUACAGGACCUGAAGCUGUGGCUGCUGCAGAGAAGAAUGCUGCUUUGUUGACUGCAAGGGCUGGUGCCAGGGAUCCAUCGGCAAUUCCAUCCAUAUGUCGUGUUUCUGCUGCUCUUCAAUACCCUGCUGGUCUAGACGGUUCUGAUGCUGGUUUGGCAUCAGUGUUAGAGUCUCUAGAGUUCUGUUUGAAGCUUCGGGGUUCUGAGGCUAGUGUCUUGGAGGAAUUGGCAAAGGCUAUAAAUUUGGUCCAUAUUCGGCAAGAUCUUGUUGAAAGUGGUCAUUCACUAUUGAACCAUGCUUACUGUGCUCAACAAGAAUAUGCAAGGACAACAAAUUAUUGCUUGAAUUUGGCUGCUGAGCAAGAUAAGAUUGUCGCAGAGAAAUGGCUGCCCGAACUUAGAUCUGCAGUUUUGAAUGCUCAGAAGUUCUUGGAGGACUGCAAAUACGUGAGGGGUUUGUUGGACGAGUGGUGGGAGCAACCGGCAUCAACCGUUGUUGAUUGGGUUACAGUUGAUAGACAGAACGUUGGAGCUUGGCAUUCUCAUGUAAAGCAACUUCUUGCAUUUUAUGAUAAGGAAGUUUUGUGAAGCUAUGUUCGAUUGGUUGGGAAACACACUUUUUGCACUAAACUCCUGUACGUGUAUGUAGUAGUAGCAUGGUUUGAAUUUCCCGGAAGAAAACGGUGUAAAAACUCAAGCUACCUUUCUCUGUGUUGUAAAGAGAGUUUCGCCCACUUGUGAAAUGAUCAUC